CAAAGGCUUCAGAGGGUUUCUUCUCUCAGUUGCUGCUGAACGGCUCUUUUACCUCAUUUCAGUAUCUGAGGCCUCAAGAUGGUGCCUCUUCUCUUUACACUCGUUGUACUAACAUGGAUCCAGCCGUCGACAGAAGCCGUCUUCUGCAAACCAAACAGCAAAUACGUCCAUCCUCUGAACUGUUCAAAGUUCAUAAUGUGUGAUUCAUCAGGCAACCCAAGGGUGUUCAUUUGUUCAAAAGGACUUCACUACAACGCCGAAAAGACCGCUUGCGACUGGCCUACAAAUGCGAAAUGUACUCUGGACAGCCCUGUAAACCAUCCAACUGCCAAGAAAACAGUGAAAGGCACACCAGAUGAUAAAUACAGUGUUAAUAGUAACAAAAAAUCUAAAACCUCUGAUUCGAACCAAAAUACGAAAGACAUGAAUUACAGAGCAAAUAAAAAUUCGAAUUUAACGUACAGCAGUAUAUUGCAAAAACCAUUGAGUGCUAAAUCUAUUUCAAAAGGCAAUGACAAUUCUCCAGCUAACAAACACGCAAUGUCCAAGAUUAAAACGGGCACUAAGACAAUCAAAGCAGAGGGUAUACAAAACAAAGCUAUGGAAAUAAACAUAACUCAAGAAGGUAAACACACCAAAACAAAGGAUGAAUUGCCAAAAGAGGCAGCAAAAGGUUCACCUGACAUUAAAAAUACACCCCUCAGUGCUUCUGAAACCAAAGAGCCCAGUAAAAGUAAAGUGAAACUGGAGAAAUUUCAAAUCGGUAAAAAGGGUGUAAAAAUAAAUGAUGAAGGCAAGUCUGUAUUAAUUAAAAAAGAUAAAACUGAAACUCAAGAAAAUAAAAACACAAGCAGUGAAGAUAAAUCCAAGCACACUUCUGAAGGAAAAUCUAAAACUUCUGAUACAACACAUACUAUGAUAAAGAGGCAAGUAAAAGAUGAAACUAAAGCUAUCCAGACAGAAAGGAAUCCCACAAAGAUAAACACGAAAGACAGUUUAGAGAAAACUAAAGACUCAAUUGAAGAUAAAAAUGAAGAUGUAAGCAGAACUAAAGAACAAAAAUCCGUGGAGCAAAAGGAUGAGAAAAAAAGUGUAGAAGAAAGUAUUGGAAACGUUGAAACAACUGGUUCUUAUGCCGAUAUGUUUGGAUACGAGACAAAUUCAACUGCUACUAACGGGACCAAAGAGAGUACACCUGGAACUGGCUCAGCUUUUGAAAACACAACUACAACCUACGUAACACAACCUCCCAAAUGA